UUUUCUUUCUUUCACUGAUGGUGUAUUUCUUCGGGUAUUCUUUUAUAAUUCGGAAAACAAAUAAUCUGUUUUACUACUGUUGCUCUCAUACUUCCGUUUUUCAGUCAGGAGAAAUGUACCUGAUAACAAGUCAGCAGUCAGCAGUUUGUCAGAAGCACCUUGCUUACGUGUAAUCAAUGUAUCCAUCACAGCCACCAAUAGAAAUGCAUUAAAUGGGGUGUCUAUGUCACUGUUUCCUGUUUAAUAUCACUUCUCCGAAUUUCUGAACAAGCUCACUAUACUCACUUCCUUCCAACACAGCAUGUUUUAAUACAAACUCAGAUCAUAUUCGUUUCAACAUUUAGACUUAUGUCAGUUAAAGAACUACGCAGUUGCUUUGGCUUUAUUAUCUUUACAAGUAUUUUGGUUUAAAGCAAGUUUGUAAGAAUGUUUCUUUCAAUGGUUGUCCUAUUGAUGUUGGCUCACUCUGCUUUGAGCUGCACUGAGAUACAAGCUAAUACCAGCUGUUGUAAAUUGUGUCCAGCAGGCUAUCAUGCCGGGGAAAAAUGCCUUGCAAAAACCAAUCCACAAACCUACAAAUGCGUCAAAUGUCUUAAGGGUUCGUUCACUGCAAUAAUCAACUCUAUAGAUAAGUGUUUACGAUGCAGUGGAUGUAAAGAAAAUCAAGUGCAAACGCAGGACUGUGUUUACAACAAUGAUAGAAAGUGUGCUUGUCAAGAUGGAUACUACCAGGAGAACCCUGAUACUCUGUGUAAACCCUGUGUUAAUGACUGUAAGGGGCAUGUAGUCUGUGUGGCCAGAUGCCCCACUACUAACACCCCCACCUUCCCAACCCAAAAAGAAAACUCAAGCUCUACCACACCAUCAAACCCUUCAUUCUCUAAAGCAGAUCAAAGUUUCUUCAAGGUGCACCUGGUCAUACUGUUGACUCUGGUUGUCACUGGCAUCCUGAUUUUGAUUAUGAGCUACCUCACUACUUCAAGAAAAGCUUGUUUGAGAAGGGAGAAGGACUUGGAGUUAUCUGCAAAGAACCUCCAACAUAACGCAGGAAACCCCGAGAUAACAUCCAUGUCUGUCUUUCAAGCAAACCAGCCUCGUCCUGUAAGAACUUCAACCACUCAGUCCGGGACAGAAGAUCUAAUCCAUGUGACACCUUUGCUGCCUAAUCCACAAGUAGGAAUCCCCAGGCAAGAGACCCAACCCGACCGCAUCCCCGCCACCGUUCUCUACGCCAUCAUAAAGGAGGUGCCGCUGCGCCGCUGGAAGGAGUUCCUCCGCCUGCUGGCGGUGCCUGAGCGCCAGAUAGAGCGUGUGGAGCUGGAGGCCGGCAUGGUCACCGGCUCCCUGGAGAGGCAGUACCUGAUGCUGCGGCUGUGGAGCCAGCAGCCGGCCGCCACCCUGGACCACGUCUACUCGGCCCUGCAGUACAUGGAGCUGACCGGGUGCGCCGACCAGCUGCAGAGCAGCCUGGACCAGAUGCAGUGGUGCACCGGGGCUGGCCGGCUAGUCACCCAGCCUGUGACGUCACCGCAGCCUAACAGGAUUAUGGAAACGUGGGUGAUGAACACCGAACUGUGAUGGUGGCAGUUUGAGGGCGUCCAUGUUUGGUACAGUGUCGUAGGAUCUCAGACACACUGCCGUUGGUAAAAACGGUUCUGUGUCUACAUAAUGCAGUCUGGGCUCUCAUAGAAGUGACUCUCAAUGAUAUCAUACAACAUCAUGGGACCAUAGACUGUGACCAAGCUAAAUGUGUACGUGAAUAUGUACCUAAACAUUCACUGUAUUGAAUUGAUGUUUUAGAAGUAACAAUUGAACGAAGAGGUAAAGACACAUGUAGAAGGUGCAUAUGGGCGUACGACUGUUAAUCACCUGGAUGUGUGAACGGAGAGAGGGCUCAGCAUGUAGUAUGUGAGUUAGAGUUCAGCUGGAGGAAGGGACAGGCUCGGCUCCUGAAUUAAUUGGAUCGGGGGGCGGGGGCAUUUGUUUUUCACUAGGGGGCGUUUUGUACGUAGCUUUCUUAUAGAAACGUAGCUCUAAAAUAAUGAGGAGGGGGGGGGGGGGCAUUUGGCAUUGACGGGCAAUGCCCCCCCUUUGGAGCACACUGGCCUGUGCCUGUGGUAGUGGGACAUCAAAGUGGAGGAGUUGGCCCUCAUUUACAGUUCCAAGUCAGAAGACGAAUGCUGAGGCAAGAGGUAGUCUCAGGUUCAGAUAAGAAAGGGUUUGGGAGAGGGGGGGGGGGCAUGCCUUUGUUUGUUUAUGAUUAUAAAAGUUGAUUAACCGUUACUUUGCAGUUAUGAACCUAUAAGCCAUGAAAUUACAGCUGCCUGCAAGCACUUGUAAUCCAGAGCUUUUAGAAGAAGCCUUGGUCUGUUUGAAGUUAUUUAUUAGUAACGUUGACUCGUACCCUUUUGAACCUGCGGUAACGGAAUAUUGAUUCUUUGAUUCCUUGAUGUACGGUCUUUAUGACAAAAAUGUAUCAAAUUGCAACAUGGAACCUCUGGGGCUAGACAGGAUGAACUGUCAUAUGACAUCCUAACAGGAUCAUGUAGCCAGAUAUAAAGGUUUAUUUUAUCUUAAAAGUUAUAUUUAAGCUUCAUACGGUCAAAUGGAUCAUCACCACAGAAACCUCACUAGGCAAACUGAAUAUGACAGCCAUGCCAUAUUUCAACUACUACAGCUACGCUGACGUAUGAUAAAGGAUCUUUCCAUUACUUUAAUAUUUAAAUAAUGGGGUAGUGGUCAGCUUAAUAAUCAUCUAAUCAUCAGGGGUCACUUGGCUGAGCAGUUAGGGAGUCGGGCUAUUAAUCAGAAUGUUGUUGGUUCAAUUCCCGGCCGUGCCAAAUGAUGUUGUGUCCUUGGGCAAGGCACUUCACC